AUGAGUUGGCCAGAAUAUUUGCCAUCGUUUGAUCAGUUAAAUUACGAGGCUAAUGAUAUUCAUACAAACAAUGCAUCUCAAGAUGACGAUAAUGAAAAUACUUACUUCAUCAGUGACACAUCAGAAUCUGAAACUAGCAUGAAUCAUGAGCCCGCCUUAUAUUUCGAAGGUCACCCAUAUCCAAGGCAUCUUUCUGUAGAUGAAACCCAAUUAGUGGAAGAUUUGAUAAGAAAAAAUGUGAAACCAAAAGAUAUAUUAUCUACAUUAAAGAAAGAAAAUGUAGAAAAUUUAUCUAUUCUUCCAACUAUAUAUAAUUCACACCAAAAAUUCAGGAUGAAGGAGAAUAGUGGCAAAACUCAAAUGCAAGUUGUUAUGUCUUUCUUAGCUGAGAAUGGCUAUAUCUACUAUAGUCAUGCCGAUAAGUCAACUAACGAGCUUCAAGAUUUGCUUUUUGCUCACCAAAGAUCAUUGGAGAUGUGA